AUGUUCAUUGCUAUCGCGAUGGCCAUUGCAAAUCUAGUUAUACUCUGGAAAAAUCGAGGCAACUUCAAUGACAUGUGUGUAGAAAAAGUCCACGAACUUAACGGUACGGCUUACAAUCCCGGCACACAUUGGUUCACUGGACCUUUUAAACGACAGCUCGGUCCUCCUGGAGCUGGAAGUGGAACUGGAACUGGAACCGGAGGUGGGAAUACGCCUGGAACUGGAGGUGGGAAUACGCCUGGAACUGGAGGUGGGAAUACGCCUGGAUCUGGAGGCGGGAAUACGCCUGGAUCUGGAGGUGGGAAUACGCCUGGAACUGGAGGCGGGAAUACGCCUGGAUCUGGAGGUGGGAAUACGCCUGGAUCUGGAGGUGGAACGAGGCCCGGAUCUGGAGGUGGAACGACUCCCGGAUCUGGAACUGGGAGUGGAACUACGUCCGGAACGACGCCCGGACCUACGCCUGGACCUACUCCCGGAUCCGGACCUGGAACUGGGAACGGGACUACAUCUGGAGAUGGAGGGUUACAGACGGUUACUGAAGAUGACAUUCGUCAUACUUGCGAACAUGCUAUCCUUGGGUUUUUGAUCUUUGCAACCGCACUCGAACUUGUCAUGCUCUUAUGGACGUUCUACUUCGCGAGUAUGAUCUCGCGGUAUGCUGAACAAUUGACGAAUCAAUUAAAGACAUAUCCGCACCACCGGUUGAAGGGUGAAAUAGCAAGCAGUAAACGUGCAAUUCCUGCAGUCAGUUCUACCAUCUCUCGAUCGUCAACUUCAAGCGAGGCUAGUAACGAUAAUGAUGAGACGAGAAAUCCAAGAAGCAUCGUGAUAGGAAAACAGGCAGAGAGGUAG